AUGUCAACCAUUCUGAAAAUAUAUAACUGUGAAAAUUUUGUUUCUUAUUACAAUACUCAUAAAGAAUCUACCAUAAAUUUAAUAAAAGUUGCCAUUGAAGAAGAUGUGGUUGAUAAAGAUGAGUUUAGAUUGACUUAUGAAGAGGGUUUAGCAAAAUUAAAAGAAUUAAUCAUUGAUAUCGAUAAAGAUAAAACUUCUUCAGUUGCCAAUGAAAUCAGCUCAAUGUUUGAAGACGAAAUUUUGGAACAGACUAACUACGCAGAGGUUCUUAUUACAGCAUACAAAGUUUUUAAUCCUCACAUUUUUCAAGGGUUUUCACUGAAAGGCCUUUUACAUUAUUUUCAGAUAACCAAAUUAAAGGUAACUAACUCAAUUAAAGAAUGCUGCGAAAAUGAUCACCAUCAGGUAGCUGUUAACACUUUUUUUGAUUAUUGUACUUUACUAAAUCAUAUAAUGUUUGAGGAAACUGAUAAAGCCAAUGAAGAUGAAACAUCAAUACAUAAUUUAUCUGGUAGCAAGAAAGCCAACUCAACGACCUUCAGUAAUACUUAUGAACUUAAUAAUUCGUACUUUAAAAAACAAUCAGCUUAUAUUCCCGAUUUCAAGUUAGCUGAUGAAAGGUUUUUAAGUAACAAUUCAGAUUCUUUAAGAAUUAUUCCAAAAAAUUUGCCUAGAAUUAGUUAUAGUCCAAUGUUGGAAUAUAUGCUGCUGGAGAUUGGAAAUGAAGCUGAAUUAGAAAGCAAUUUUAUUAGAAAUUUACGUUUAUCAAGCAGAUUAUUUUUGAAAUAUAAAGUAAAUUUAAGAGUUUUGCAACAAAAGCCAAGAAAUAUAGAAUUUGAUGAAAACACAAAAUUCACGUUUAUCCCAGACGUGAUAAUUACGCUCAAGGAAUCCGAGAUUCCAAUUGAGUUAAAAUUUAAGGAUUUAAAACUCAUUUUUCAUGAAUUUGAACAAAGUAGGCACGAUAAUACAAAAGGUUCCAAAAAGUUAAUUGAAUUCUAUUCACAGUGCUUUUUGGAAAUGAUUUCAACCAAGUCCAAAAUUGGAUUUUUAAGUGAUGGAAAAUUCGCAAUUGCUAUUUUAUUGGAAUCGGUACCACCUGAUUUUAAUAAUUUUACAGAAGAGCUACGACCAAUUAAAUGCUUCAUAACAACUUUCGAUUCCACCGUUGAAAAAUUUGAUGUUGCUCUAUUCAUUAUGCUAUUCAUAUUUCAGAAUAAGGAAAUAUUGAGAUUUGAAAAUGAAGAAUUUAAAGCUUAUAAAAAUGCAAUUUAUAUUACUGAUAAUGAAAAAGUUGCAAGGACCCUAUAUCAUUAUCAAAUUUUAGAUAAAUUUGGUAGUUGGCUUUAUGGGGUAAGUAAUAAGGAAUUUGAUUUAUCGAUAGUUAAUCAGCUGGAUUUGGUAACUACCACGACAGAUGAAACAUUGUCUCUGACUCACGUUUUUAAGAAAGCAAAAGUUGAUGACUUAGAUCAACUAAUUGAAGAUAGAAAAAAUAAAUUGAAUGAUGAUGAACUAAAAAAGAUGAUUCUUAAUUUUGGUCUUGAGGGGGUAUUCAAAGCUAUUGAUUGGUUUCCUUUUGGGAGAUUAGAUGCAAGCCAGUUAGUUAACUGUGAAAUUCUCAGUGGAGAUGUCUUACAUGAAUCAUACUCAACCGUUUUGCGUCACUCGAAUUACAUCUACAAAAUUGUUGAUCCUGUCCGAGUAAAGAUAGAUAAGAUAAGAGACUGCCCUACUUUCUACCACCGUAUAAAAGCAAUGCUCGAACUCUUUGAAAGGGAAAUUUGCACAUAUACCGUUAUAACUGGGCUCUUGUUGGAUACAAGUCCGAAAGUGUAUGAAAUUGGUUAUUUGAGCAACGAUAAUAAAAAAUUUGCUGUGAAUUUAUUAGAUAAAAACAAAAGGCUUAAGAUUAGUGAAUUUUCUCUUUCGGGUCUAUAUAUGAAGAUGCAGUAUAUAGAAGGUAAAACUUUAACAAAUAUUCCAUGGUCAGCUGAUGUUGAAGAAUUGUUGAGGAAAGCCAUUAACGACUUACAUGCUGUAGGAGUUUCACAUGGUGAUCUCCAUAUCGGUAAUGUUAUGUUUAAUGCCGUUGAAAACAAAAUCAAAAUCUUGGAUUUUGGUAGAUCAUCAAUCUCAGAUUAUCGUGGACUAAACAACAUAAAGGCUGAAGUUGAAAUGAAUAAAUUUGAAAAAAGAAAAAAAAUGGAUUUAUCGAAUUUGGAAGAAUUAAUUGUUGUAUGGAAAAGGAGAAGGUAUUAUAACUAG